CUUUCGAUUUCUGGUUUCGCCAAAGUUGGCUACCCAGGCAUCAUUUAUACAGAAGGCGCACAGGAAAAUGUCGAAGAAUUCGUUGCCAACGUCAAAUCUAUGCAAUGGCUGGCCCUGAGAGUGAGAUUUUGUGGAACCAGUAGAUUUGGUCAGCGACGAGCAUUCCCAAGGUGGCAGAAAUGA